GCUGGGUUCACAACACAGUGGCUAUAAUGGUAACGCUAAAGACAACUUUUACGAAAAUGUGUGGUUUUUAAUGUAGGCCCACGACAAGAUAGUGCUGUCUCUGAGUUCGAGUGGAGUUAGGCCACACGAGGAGAACAUGUAUUUAUAAUGUCGAGGUAGGCAUUCUAUAUCACUAUAUUGAUUAACAUUCAGACUUCAACGAUUGGCCCGUGACAAUGUUGUCCAGCGUCUGGUUACAUUAUUGAGAAAAUCAUGUCUUAGUGAAGUCACGCGUACUGAUUUUUGCUUCUACGUUUGGGAGUGAACUCUAGAAACUAGCUUAGUUGAUAAAGCCGAAACAAUUGGUGGCAGGGUGUUCUGAAGUUCUGGCUAGUCCUAGUAGCCAACAGCAGCUUCGACAUGUCGGAGAGGACACCGCUCCUGCACUAUCGUCUCUCCACAAGCGUCAAUGAGCAGUCGGGGGAGCAUCAUGCAUGUCUGUCUGGGGAGACUGUGGAGCAGUCCCUGGCUUUUUCCAGACUGAAGUCGGCGCACCAGAGUCGUCCCAAAAAACUCUCCACAUUCUUUGGGGUGGUGAUACCCACCUUACUGUCUAUGUUCAGCGUGGUGGUUUUCCUACGAAUUGGUUUCGUGGUGGGCCAGUGUGGGCUGUAUCAGGCCAUAGCCAUGUUCUUAGUGGCCUACUUCAUCAUCAGUAUGACCGUGCUGUCUGUGUGUGCCAUCUCAACCAAUGGAGCCCUGGACGCAGGAGGGGCCUACUACAUGAUAAGUCGUGCGUUGGGGCCAGAGUUUGGGGGCAGUCUAGGUGUUAUGUUCUUCCUGGCUAAUGUGUGUAGCAGUGCCCUCUAUAUACUGGGUCUGGUUGAGGCCAUAGUAGCAACUUUUGGGCUUCCAGAAGAUGGGGUGAGCCCAGCGGGUUCCCUCCAGGUGUUGCCAGCUGGGUAUUGGUGGUCGUUGCUCUAUGCCACCGGCAUCCUCCUCCUCUGCCUGCUUGUGUGUCUGGUGGGGGCAGAGAUCUAUGCCAAGGCCUCCUUCCUCAUCUUCCUGGUGGUCAUGAUUGUGCUGGCCAGCAUCUUUAUCAGCUUCUUCGCCAUGCGCCCGCGUACCAUCCUCCUGCCUGCCGCCCUGCCCGUCCACAACAACACAGGGCCACAGCCACCCAACAUGGCCAACUUUACCGGCUUUAAACUGGACACACUGCUGGGCAACCUGGAUGCUGACUAUGCUGUGGACUACACAACAGGAACCAUGAUGUCCUUUGCCACGGUGUUUGCAGUCAUGUUUAACGGUUGCACAGGCAUCAUGGCGGGAUCCAACAUGUCAGGUGACCUAAAGAACCCUAGCUACUCUAUCCCUCGAGGAACCAUCACAGCUGUCAUCUUCACCUUCAUCAUCUACAACCUCCUCAGUCUGAUGGUGGCCUGCUCCUGUGACCGUAUUCUCCUCCAGAGGGACUACAGUUUCCUGCGGGACAUUAAUGUGUGGAACCCGUUGGUGACCGUUGGUGUGUACUCCUCCACCAUGUCUGCUGCCAUGAGUAACCUGAUAGGGGCCUCUCGCAUCCUCUUCGCCCUGGCACGGGACGACCUGUUUGGCACGGUGUUGUCUCCAGCUAAGAAGACAUCUCACAAUGGGAACCCUUGGGUGUCUGUCCUCCUCUCCUGGUUCCUAGUACAGUUGGUGGUGUUCACAGGGAAGUUGAACACCAUCGCCAGCAUUGUAACCAUCUUCUUCCUGCUGGUGUACGCAGCUGUGGACCUGGCCUGUCUGGCUCUGGAGUGGGCCUCAGCUCCUAACUUCAGGCCCACCUUCCGUUACUUCACCUGGCACACCUGUGUGCUGGGCAUCGUGGGCUGUGCUAUCAUGAUGUUCCUGAUCAACGCUAUCUACGCCUCAGCCUCCAUCGCCUUCAUGCUGCUUCUACUGCUGCUCAUCCACUACCUCAGCCCUACCAGCAGCUGGGGCUAUAUCAGCCAGGCUCUCAUCUUCCACCAGGUGCGUAAGUACCUGUUGAUGUUGGACGUGCGUAAGGACCAUGUGAAGUUCUGGAGACCCCAGCUGUUGCUGAUGGUGUCUAACCCUCGUAGCAGUGUAGGUCUCAUCACCUUCAUCAACGACAUCAAGAAGAGUGGUCUCUAUGUCCUGGGACAUGUACAGCUGGGAGACCUGGACACGUUACCGUCCAACCCUCUCCAGUGCCGUUAUGACUCAUGGUUGUCUCUGGUGGACCACCUCAACAUCAAGGCAUUUGUCAACCUCACCCUGGCUGACUCCGUACGGCACGGAGUCCAACAUCUACUCUUCAUCUCUGGCCUAGGUGGGAUGAGGCCCAACACAUUGGUCCUGGGUUUCUAUGAUGACUGCACUCCCAAAGACAAACUCACUGACCCCGCCCUCACUGCCACCGUCCCCACUCAGGACCCCGAAGACGAACGCCCGCCCUACCACUUCCCCGCCCUGCGGCCUUCCAAUGAUGGUAUGGGGGAAAACGGAAAAGUCAUGGGACCCCAUGAAUACGUGGCGGUGAUCGCAGAUGCCAUGAAGAUGAUGAAGAAUGUAGCGCUAGCCCGCUACUUCCACCAGUUCGACCGGGCCUCAACCAUCUCCUCGUCCCCAGGGAAGGGUGCUCUGUACGUGGACGUGUGGCCCGUCAACCUGCUGAGACCAGACAGCUCCAGCUAUGUAGACACCUGCUCCCUCUUCCUGCUCCAGCUUGCCUGCGUCCUCAACAUGGUCCGCGCGUGGCGCCAUGCUAGACUCCGCCUCUUUCUAUGUGUGGAGGAAGGGCGGAGCCUGCGAGGCUCUGAGGAAAAGCUGGGUCAGCUGCUGAAGGAACUGAGGAUCAAAGCCAAUGUGUACACUGUGCCCUGGGACCAGCAGGUGGCGCUACACUGGCAGAGGCAGGGUGAGGCAGGCAAGAGGAGGCCUACCCACCAGUCACAGAGAGAGGAGGGGCUGGGGAAGAGGGGGUUGUUUGAAGAGAAGGAAGGAGGCGACGGCGACUAUGUGAAUAGCUUCCCUAGCAACGCCACAAGGCUGUCGGAUGAGUAUCUGUUGGCGGUUAAUAGGUUGAUCCUGGAUCAGGCCUGCCCCCCUCCGGCCGUGCGUUUCCUGUAUUUGCCCCACCCCCCGGCUGACACGCAGCUCUACACGGCCUACCUCCGCCAGCUAGACCUGCUCACCGAGGACCUGGGUCCUACCCUGCUCAUACACGGGGUUACACCUGUCCUCACCACUGACCUCUAACACCUGAACUCUCACCAACUGAUCCCUGAUUAAACCCUCAUCCCCUUACCAAAUUGCUGCAGGUAGAAGUGCUACUUAGACAAAGCUCAAGGAUCCACUUACCUUCCCCAAAGCUGUACUAAUAUACAAAAGUAUGUGGACACCCCUUCAAAUAAGUGGAUUUGGCUAUUUCAGCCAUGCUCGUUGUUGACGUGUAUAAAAUCGAGCACACAGCCAUGCAAU